AUGGCGACGGGGGACUCGCGCGCGGGAGCCUCCAACUCGCGCCCGGAGCAGCUCUCGCGAGAGUUCUUCCCGCAGCUCCGAGAGGGGCCGUGCAGAAUCGCCCAGGCGCGGUGCCUGCGGGACAGCUGUGUGCGCGGCUGUGGCUGUCCCGCUGGCCAGAGCGCAGCUCGGGGACAGUUUAGCAUCACCGAGAGCCUGAGAAAUGCCAGGGAACCGGCUUUCUCCCCUAGUAUCCUGGCUUUAAAUCCUCGAACACAGACUCAUGCAACUCUGCGUUCGACUUCGGCCAAGAAAUUAGACAAGAAACAUUGGAAAAGAAAUCCGGAUAAGAACUGCUUUGAUUGCGAGAAGCUGGAGAAUAAUUUCGAUGACAUCAAGCACACGACGCUGGGCGAGCGAGGCGCUCUCCGAGAGGCAAUGAGAUGCCUGAAGUGUGCAGACGCCCCGUGUCAGAAGAGCUGCCCCACGAAUCUCGACAUCAAAUCCUUCAUCACCAGCAUCGCAAACAAGAACUAUUAUGGAGCCGCCAAGACGAUUUUCUCGGACAACCCCCUUGGCCUGACCUGUGGGAUGGUGUGCCCCACCUCCGACCUGUGUGUGGGCGGCUGCAAUCUCUGUGCCACCGAGGAGGGGCCCAUUAACAUCGGGGGGCUGCAGCAGUUCGCUACGGAGGUGUUCAAAGCAAUGAACAUCCCCCAAAUCAGGGACCCGUCUCUGCCUCCCCCAGAGGAGAUGCCUGAAGCCUAUUCGGCAAAGAUCGCUCUUCUUGGUGCCGGCCCUGCAAGUAUAAGUUGUGCUUCCUUCUUGGCUCGACUGGGCUACUCUGACAUCACUAUAUUUGAAAAACAAGAAUACGUUGGCGGUUUAAGCACUUCUGAGAUCCCUCAGUUCCGGCUGCCCUAUGACGUCGUGAACUUCGAGGUUGAGCUGAUGAAGGACCUUGGUGUGAAGAUAGUUUGUGGCAGGAGCCUUUCCGUGAAUGACAUGACUCUGCACACUCUGAAAGCAGAGGGGUACCAGGCCGCUUUCAUUGGCAUCGGUUUGCCAGAACCCAACCUGGACCCCAUCUUCCAGGGCCUGACGCAGGACCAGGGCUUUUAUACGUCCAAGGACUUUCUGCCUCUUGUCGCCAAAGGCAGUAAAGCAGGAAUGUGCGCCUGCCGCUCGCCCCUGCCGUCCAUCCGGGGGGUUGUGAUUGUGCUCGGGGCGGGGGACACGAUGGAGCUGGCGAAGGAAGAGAAGUGUGAAUUCUUGCCCUUCCUGUCCCCGCGGAAGGUCCUGGUCAAAGGCGGGAAGAUUGUGGGCAUGCAGUUCGUGCGGACGGAGCAGGACGAGGCCGGGGCCUGGCGGGAGGACGAGGAGCAGCGGGUGCAGCUGAAAGCCGACGUGGUCAUCAGCGCCUUCGGCUCGGUCCUGAGCGACCCUCAAGUAAAAGAAGCCUUGAGCCCUAUCACAUUUAACAGAUGGGGUCUCCCAGACGUCGACCCCGAAACGAUGCAGACCAGUGAACCGUGGGUGUUUGCAGGGGGUGAUAUCGUGGGAAUGGCUAACACGACCGUGGAAUCGGUGAAUGAUGGGAAGCAAGCCUCCUGGUUCAUUCACAGAUACAUACAGUCCCAGUUCGCAGCCGCCGUUCCCGCCAGGCCCGCGCUGCCCCUCUUCCACACGCCCAUCGACCUGGUGGACAUCAGCGUGGAGAUGGCGGGGCUGAGGUUCAUCAAUCCUUUCGGCCUCGCCAGUGCGACGCCCGCCACCAGCACCACGAUGAUCCGCAGGGCCUUUGAGGCCGGCUGGGGCUUCGCCCUGACCAAGACGUUCUCUCUGGACAAGGACAUCGUGACGAACGUCUCGCCCAGAAUCAUCCGGGGGACCACCUCCGGCCCCUCCUACGGCCCCGGACAGAGCUCCUUCCUCAACAUCGAGCUCAUCAGCGAGAAGACGGCCGCCUAUUGGUGUCAGAGUGUCACGGAGCUCAAGGCCGACUUCCCGGACCGCGUAAGUGUGAUUUAA